GCUGUCGUACAGAUAGAGCGUGCGAAACUUCCUUUUUGCCGCGUGUACGCGUUGGGGAAAGCGGCGGAGGGCGAGGGCCGGCGUGUUCUCCCCCGCGCUCCCCGGUAGUAAGUACGCUCUGGCGAGCAUGGAGCCGGCUUGUUUUCUGUCGGCUCAUCCAUUCCACGACAACGGUAUGGCCUCGGAUCUGUACAAGCCGCCGCCGAUCGCUUCACCCUCCUCCGACCGGAUGGAGCCGUCUAAAGCGGCCGAACCCACCCGGAUCAUCAGCGAUCCCGUCACGGGGAGGUCUUACAGCAGAGGUCGGCUGCUCGGCAAGGGGGGAUUUGCAAGAUGCUAUGAAGUAACAGAUCUCUCAAGCAACAAGACAUAUGCUGUCAAAGUCAUUCCUCACAGCAGAGUGGCUAAGCCACAUCAACGGGAGAAGAUCAUCAAUGAAAUUGAUCUGCACAGAGACCUGCACCAUAAACACAUUGUGAAGUUCUCACAUCAUUUUGAAGAUUCAGAUAACAUCUAUAUCUUCCUUGAACACUGCAGUAGAAAAUCCUUGGCACACAUCUGGAAAGCUCGACACACCCUUCUGGAGCCAGAGGUUCGAUAUUACCUCAAACAAAUAAUCUCUGCCUUGAAAUAUCUUCACCUCAAAGGCAUCCUCCACAGGGAUCUCAAACUGGGUAACUUUUUCAUCAAUGAAAACAUGGAACUAAAAGUUGGAGAUUUUGGUUUGGCUGCCCGGCAAGAACCUGCAGACCAGAGGAAAAAGACUAUUUGUGGUACUCCUAACUACCUUGCCCCAGAAGUGCUAUUGCGACAAGGACAUGGGCCAGAGUCGGAUGUAUGGUCAUUGGGCUGUGUCAUGUACACACUGUUAUGUGGAAAUCCUCCUUUUGAGACUUCUGACCUCAAAGAGACCUACAAGUGUAUCAAGCAUGUCACAUACACACUCCCAGCAUUCCUUUCUAUAUCGGCCAAGAACCUUCUUGUGGGCAUUUUGAAACGCAACCCACAGGAACGCUUCACACUUGAGGAAAUCUUGGACCAUGAGUUUUUCACCAAAGGAUAUACACCUGAUAAGCUCCCACCCAGCAGCUGUGUGAUGGUGCCAGAAUUGAAUCCUCCCAAUCCUGCCAAAACUCUGUUUGUAAAAGUCACAAAGACGCUAUUUGGGAAGAGGAAGUCAAAAGUUAAGAAAGCUCCUUCUGAAGAGAAAGAUGACAUCUCCAAAUUGGUAACAGGCCUUGUGAAGACCUCUAUCUGUAGGCAAUUGAGCCACAAAACUGUAGAAGGAAAUGAGGUCACUCUGCUAAGUGGUCAGAGUCCCAGUUCUAGCCCAGUAGAGACUGUAGCGGAAGAGGGCUCGCAGAAGUCUAUCUCCAGGUCCAUUCGUGGGACAAUGGCUAGUAGCUGUGAAGCAUUUGAAGAUUGUGCAAUAGCAUCGGGCAUUGUUGAGUCUGCAAUUGGGCUCCUGAAGAAUUGUCUCUCUGUCAUGCCACCAGCUGAGAGGAAUCCUGCUUCUCUAGCCUGCCACGAGCAUUUUGUUUGGGUGAGCAAGUGGGUGGACUACUCCAACAAAUAUGGCUUUGGCUACCAGCUGUCCGACCGUAGCAUUGGUGUCCUCUUCAAUGAUGGAACUCACAUGACCCUUUCUGCCAACUGGAAGAAAGUACGUUACAACCUGACAAAUAGUAAGCAUUUCUCCUUCCCGGCUUCAGCAGUUCCUGAACAGCUGCAGGGACAGAUGGGUGUCCUGCAGUACUUUGCCUCCUACAUGGAACAGCAUCUUAUGAAAGGAGGAGACUUACCCAGCAUAGAUGAGACUGGACAGGUGCCACUGCUGCUUCUACAGUGGGUAAAGACGAACCAAGCCUUAUUGAUGCUCUUCAGCAAUGGAACUUUGCAGGUGAAUUUCUACAAUGAUCACACCAAGGUGAUUUUCAGCAAACCUGACCAUUCGUGCCUCCUUACCUACAUAAACCGUGACAGGAAUUCCUAUACUUACAAGCUCAGCAGCAUUGCAGAACUGGGCUGCUCUCCAGAGCUGCAGCGUCGGCUCAAGUACAUCCUCAAACUUCUACAACAGCGAACAGACGCUUAAGACUGCAGGGUAGACUUUUGGCUGCCUGCCAUUUCUUGUUCUUCUAAAAACUGGGCAGGAUUCUUCUUUGGCAGAUGCUUCUUCUGGAAAGCAAAACAUCAGAACCAAAACUGAACACAUGUAACUCUGAGCUGCUCUUCAGGAUUCAUCAACUUCUUGGAUGCCUUCCACCAAAUACCUCCUCUUUCCCUUCCCUUCCCUUUUACGAAGGGUAGACUUCAUGGCUCCAGUCCGCAGUGGAGAGGAGAUGUAAAGACAGAUGCCUUAAGUCUUACUACUUAGGUUCUCCUGUGUGAUCAUUGCACAGUUGGUUAUGCACAUGGUGUCAUUGGGAUGGGAGGAAAGAAAAUCUGUGCUCCAUACACUAUCUGGAGAACAAUAUUGGGUGAGUAGGGAGGGAAAUUACAAAUCCUUCUUUUUGAAAAUGGGUUUUUGGGAUUUUUUGCUUGGUGACUAAUGCUUAAGUGUCUGGUGUGAAAGAUGGCAUCCUGGAGCCUGAUGGGUUGAGAAAAGGUUGUGUUCAGUCCAUUUAUUCAGGGCUUGGAGGCUUCAGUUAUGAGCUACUACAUGCCCUUCCAACAGAACACUAUGAUUGCCAAUGUACUGUAUGCUGUGCUGCUUGGAGAGGCAUCGCUCACCAAUCCAUAUUUGGCACUGACUGGUGGACCAACCAGGAAAGCUGUGACUUGGGAACUGGCUGACCAGGGAAGAAGAAAGCUUGUACAACAGAGCAGCUGUACCAGGGGUGAUGCCUCUUUAGCAGGGAGCCAAGCAAACUGCUUCCUUGCUCUGACUGUAUGGUACUUAUAAAUGAAGAUGCUUGGGUGAAUGUCGUUGGCUAUAGUGCCAGCUGCCUUCUGGAGUUGGUGUGGAAGAACCACUACAACUGAGUUAAGGGUACGGUUAAAUCAGAUUCAGUUCAGUCUUCUGGUGCUGCUACUAAGCAUUUGAGGCUGCAAAAGGUACAUGUUGGGUAAUGCAAAUGUUACACUAAUUAGGCAAACAUGGGGCUCCUUCCCCCUCUUCCCAGAAGCUGUGAAUGCCCUUUUUGCCUCAGUUUCUUGGCUGCUUUCAUCCCAUGAUGGAGUCUGCAAUGGGAGUCUGCAAAUUGCCAUGGUACAGACUUGAACAGCUGAAGUAAAUGCUGCCCACUUGGUGUUUUGAACUUGACAGACUGUCUACCUGUGGAGCUUAAAUGGUGUGUGUCUUAAGAUUUAUUUAUGUAUUUAUACAAACUAUUUAUUUUGCACCUGUGUCCUCUCAGUUAUGUACACCAUUUCUUCCCCAAACAGCUGUUUUCAUUACAAUAAAACUCAUUUUUAUUAAAAGCAAGAGAAAUUACUACAA